CUCUGCAAUGGCAUCAUCCAAGAAACUGAUCAAUGUCCCUGAUGAUGCAGUUAACGAAUCUUUGUCGGGACUUCACCUUCUCUAUCCACAACUCGUUCACCAUCCCUCUAAGCGAGUUGUUUUAGCGCCAGACUGGAAGGUACGGAAUGGAAAAGUCGCCGUUGUCAGUGGUGGGGGUUCAGGUCACGAGCCUUGGGCAUCAGGUUUUGUAGGAUCUGGUCUACUGACAGCGGCUAUAGCAGGGUCUGUAUUUGCAUCUCCUCCCUCAAACCACAUUCUUCAUGCUCUCCGUUGUGUUUCCACAAAUAACAAAGCUGGAAUAUUAGUGAUCGUACCAAACUACACCGGUGAUUGUUUGAAUUUUGGCACAGCGAUUGAGAGAGCAAGACAGGCUGGCAUUUCGGUGACAGAACUUACUGUCGGAGAGGACUCCAGCAUACCGAUAAGCGAAUUGGGAAGGGCCGGACGAAGAGGUCUUGUAGGUAUGCUGUUCGUUGCCAAGGUGGCUGGUGCCCUUGCAGAACGUGAACUUCCCUUGAACAUGGUUGCACAAUGUGCUGAAAUAGUGACGAAUAACAUCGCAACGUACUCAGUCGGUUUAACACCUUGUUCGUUACCAGGCCAAGGAGUCAUGUUCCACCUUCCUGAUGACGAAAUGGAAAUUGGACUGGGUAUACAUGGUGAAGCCGGUUACAAACGAAUUAAACUAACGACCGCCUCUGAAAUCGUCUCCUUGAUGCUUGGAGAAAUUUUAAAGGCGCUAUCAUUGAUAGCUAGGCAGUCUGUAGCUGUUAUCGUUAAUAAUUAUGGGGCGACGAGUCAAUUGGAACAGGGUAUUAUUGUUCACGAGGUGGUCACGCAGCUUGAGAAAAAAGGCUUGCGGCCUCUACGGGUCUAUGCCGGUGCUUUGAUGACUUCCCUCAACAGCUCUGGUGUCCAAAUAUCUUUAUUGAGACUUGCUGAUCAUUAUGAAUCAAGCCUUCUUAGCUGCCUGGACGAACAAACGGAUGCUCCGAGUUGGCCAGGUAGAGCCUAUACCAUGCCACCUUCUCCAUCCUACAUCGCGGAUCCCUUUGAAUUGGAAUCCAUGGGCGCAGCACUUGAUGAUAAAAAGAGAAUUCCCAAAGUCGGUCCGACAUUGGAUGAACAGGGAGAAAACCUGUUGCGUGAAUGUUUGACGAUCGCUUGUGCAGCAAUAACAGAACUAGAAGAAGAGAUUAAUGAAUUGGAUAGCGGUUGUGGUGAUGGCGAUUGCGGAUCUACGCUGCGACGUCUUUCCGAGGGAAUUUCUUCUUCAUUGGGAGACCUUCCGCUGUCUCACCCUUCGUCCCUAUUAACGGCAUUGUCAGCAAUUGCAGAAGAGAAAAUGGGAGGUACUUCAGGGGCAGUUUACUCACUCAUGUUCACUACCGCAGCUGCAGAAUUGGAAGUAUCAGUUGACAGCAAGGUCUCCCCCUUAUCAUGGGCUCAUGCAUGGCGGGGUGGUAUUGAUGGAAUUAUGAGAUACAGCAAGGCAAGACUCGGGGAUCGAACAAUGUUAGAUGCACUGGAACCGGCAUGCAGUGAAUUCGAAAGCCAUGAUUUAUCUCCAGGGUCAUGGGAAACAGCCUUAGCUAAAGCUGCGAUUGCAGCUGAAAUGGGAAGUGACGCUACCAAGUCAAUGGAAGCAAAGGCAGGUCGCGCUAGCUACGUAAAACAGGACUUAUACUUGCAGAAGAGAGAUGCAGGAGCAUUUGCCGUUGCUACUUGGAUCAAAGUAAUUGUACAAACUAUUCUGAAGUCCAAAAAUUGAAAUAUACAAUUGACUGUUACUAAUUGGUAAAUAUUAUCCACUUUUGUUAUAACUGUUGUCAGACUUGGAGGGGAAUAAACAAUAAACGUUUUAAAUAAAA